AUGUGGGGUGAUCUCAAACUCUUAUCUCCUUCGGGCGCUGGGGGCUGGGCCAGCCUGCUGGAGAAGCCACGUGCCCAUUACUCUCCCUGGCCGACCUCACCCUCGUACCUUUCCAGCAUUACCGUCUCGGCACUGGAAGUCUCAGUUGACCAAGUGUCAUCUUGCAUUACAACCUAUAAGAAGACACCACCUCCAGUCCCACCCAGAACUACCACGAAACCUUUCAUUUCUAUCACAGCCCAGAGUAGCACAGAGUCUGCCCAGGACGCCUACAUGGACGGACAGGGCCAGCGCGGAGAUAUUGUCAGCCAGUCUGGACUCAGCAACUCCACGGAGAGCCUGGACAGUAUGAAGGCUCUGACAGCUGCCAUCGAAGCUGCAAACGCCCAGAUCCACGGCCCUGCAAGUCAACACAUGGGCAAUAACACUGCCACCGUCACCACCACUACCACCAUAGCCACGGUCACCACGGAGGACAGAAAGAAGGACCACUUUAAGAAGAAUCGAUGCCUGUCUAUCGGGAUACAGGUGGAUGAUGCUGAUGAACCUGACAAAACAGGGGAGAAUAAAGCGCCCAGUAAGUUCCAGUCCGUGGGAGUGCAAGUAGAGGAAGAGAAGUGCUUCCGCAGGUUCACUCGAUCCAACAGUGUGACGACAGCAGUACAGGCCGACCUGGACUUCCACGAUAACCUGGAAAACUCCCUGGAAUCUAUAGAGGACAAUUCGUGUCCUGGCCCCAUGGCCAGACAGUUCUCCCGGGAUGCCAGCACCUCCACAGUCAGCAUUCAGGGCUCAGGAAACCAUUACCAUGCCUGUGCAGCCGACGAUGACUUUGAUGCAGAUUUUGACCCCUCUAUUCUGCCUCCUCCGGACCCCUGGAUUGACUCUAUCACAGAAGACCCUCUGGAGGCCGUGCAGAGGUCAGUGUGCCAUCGGGACGGCCACUGGUUUCUGAAGCUUCUCCAGGCAGAGCGAGACCGCAUGGAAGGCUGGUGCCAGCAGAUGGAGAGGGAAGAACGGGAGAACAACCUGCCCGAAGACAUUCUAGGGAAAAUCCGAACCGCAGUGGGCAGUGCCCAACUUCUCAUGGCCCAGAAAUUCUACCAGUUCAGAGAACUGUGUGAAGAAAACCUGAAUCCUAAUGCUCAUCCAAGGCCCACCUCCCAGGAUUUGGCCGGGUUUUGGGACAUGCUGCAGUUGUCCAUAGAAAAUAUUAGUAUGAAAUUUGAUGAACUUCAUCAGUUAAAGGCCAAUAAUUGGAAACAGAUGGAUCCCCUUGACAAGAAGGAGCGAAGGGCCCCUCCUCCAGUGCCAAAGAAGCCGGCGAAGGGCCCCGCGCCGCUGAUCCGGGAGCGCUCGCUGGAGAGCUCGCAGCGCCAGGAGGCCCGCAAGCGCCUGAUGGCCGCCAAGCGCGCCGCGUCCGUCCGCCAGAACUCGGCCACCGAGAGCGCCGAGAGCAUCGAGAUCUACAUCCCCGAGGCGCAGACCCGGCUCUGAGCCCGCCGCGGCCAAGUAUCUGUCCCCCCUCCUCCUCCCCUCCGCCCCUCUGCCGUCUCUCCUUCCUGUCCCCUCCGAGCCCGUCCGUCUCUGCGCUCGGUGACCUCCACUGUCGUGGCGUAGUUGUCCGUCUCGCGGGAGCCGUCCGCCGGCCCCGCCCGCCCCCCGCGCCGCCCGGACCGCUCGGCCCGUCUCCUCCACCGCGCUUCGCCACCCCCGCCCCGUUCCGAUGCUGUCACCCUGCCUCAUACGGAAAACCAACCCUUUAUUUUCUGGGCAGAGCCAAACCCACCCGUGUAGAAAUGACACCUUUUAGGUCACCCGCCAUCCUCAGUUCUCUCGAGCUAGUCUGUUCCUAGAGCUCAGCAAUAUACAACCAUAGGGUAUUUCAGAAAUCCAGUAUUACAGGGGGAUCCUUUGGGACUUACCGUCUUCCACGUGAAAGAAACUAGGGCUCCCUUUAUUUCCCCUAAACGGUUAUUCUUUUCAAAAGCAGAUGGAGCACUUUAUUUCCAACCUCAGAAAUCACACCAACUCACCAGUAUCAAUGAGGUGACAGAGAGAGAGAGGGGGGACCAAGUCUGGCCUGGGGGUGGGGGACCUGGAUGUGUAGCAAGGAAAGGAAAAGCAAAAUCUGCAGGUGCCGGGGGCACCUGCGCCGCUCACAGCUGCACAAACUGCCUCACUGUUAACUUCAUCAAUCACAGCUUCAAAUGUCUCAAUCAGCAGAAGAUUGUAAAUUCGAUCUUUCAGGGAAAUCAAUCUAUUCCGAAAGGCAAUAAAAUGAAGAAAGGCAAGGCCAAGGAAGCACCGAUGGUUUAAGAUAUAACAUAAGGGAUUUUUUUUUGUGCUAUUAUUGACAAUUUAGACCUGAAAUGCUUUAUCGACUUUUAUUGUACUAUGUAUAUUAUAUCGUUGUUGUGGUGUUGGUCGUUAACGGGGAAAGUGUUGGUUCUAUUAAUUUGUUAGUGUCCAUCCUGGUGGGCCUGGCCGAUGACACACGCAUAAGUACACAUCUGCUUACGAAGCGCUGUAAAUGGCAGCAAGGCUGUUUUCAGAGAAAAGUGUGGGUUUUCCUACCAUCCCUUUGAAUGCUACACAUCCGUUUAUUUUAACCCAAGUCGUUCAUAUUUCAGAUAUUUUCUCUCCAUUAGUCUCCUCUCACUACUAGACAGAGUCCAAUAGUACCUAGCAUAGGAUUUUGUCCUAUGUCAAAUGGCUAAAAAUAAAUCUUCUACCCCAAUAGACAUGCUGCCUCACUCCAAAGAGCUGUCGCUGUCAUCUUGAGGUUCUACAUAGUGAGAGAAGAAAUUUGACCUGCCAGGGUCAACCACCAUAAGGCAGGGAGAAAACUCAUGAUUUAUAAAGAACGAAAGAAAUCCAGGCUUUUGGCAGAGAUUGUUGAUUUACAUUUUGAGUCAUGAUUGAUGGGCAGUAUGCAUUGGUGUCUAGCUGAAGUUGUCUUUAAAUGCCCUUACUUGUAGCAGUUUAAACAUUUAGAAUGUGGCGAUCUUAAAGUAUCACUGGCAUUUUAUGUCCAGCUCACACCCUAAAGCAUUAGAAAUUACCAUUGAAAAGUGAAAUACUUUUAAAAAACAUACAUCAAAUAUGCUUGCACCAGAGAAGCUUUUGUAAAAAAUAUACUGUCAUAGCCAGGUGCUAAUUUAAUUUUAUUUAUGAAAUUAAGAGAGGUGAUGGGUUCUGGCGACAAAUAUUUUCACAAACAUAUUCUAAAACCACUAGAGAAUUCGCUACCUCUCAGAGCCAUUGAUGCUUUGAGCUAUCUUUAUAAACAGGGCACAAAUGUUUACUGCUGUGGUUUACAAGAAAAGGGCUACUAACUUAUUUUAAAACCAACCAACCAACUUUUAACUAGGGUGAACAAAGCACCUUGAGCGCUUUGUACAAUUGGAGCAUACAGAGAUUUUGAGCUUCAAGUAUUUGCUAGUUUUAAAAAGAAUACACCUUUUCUUUACCUUAUAGCAGCAAUGAAAAGUCACAAGUCACACAAAGUUUGCAUCAAGUAAGGCCAACUGCCACUUGGGUAGCCUAUGGUCACAUUCAAUAGUGAGAAUGACUCAGAACUCCCAGAUCAACAGGAGGAAGCAGCAUUCAUUCCAAGAUCCAUAUUCAUAAUUACAGCUCCGUGCCCUGAGGUAGAGUUAAGAUUUGGAUUAAGAAAUAGAUUUCUAAUACGAUUCAAGAUCAUCCUACAAUAAUUUCUUUGGAAACUGUUUUAGCCCAGGAUAUUUUAAAGAGAAAUAAGAGAAGGCCUAUUUAUCUUGUCUAAAUGAAUGGUAUUUGUAUAUUCAUAAGCUAUUUUUGGUAAGAAUUUUAAAUCUUUUAGCUCAACGCCUACAGGGCAUCAUGACCUUUGCCUUCCUUAAAAACACAGCUUAAAUUGUAUAAACACUUUAUAAAAAGCUAAUUAUUGUUGUUAGAACAUGACCCCACACAAUGCUGCUUGACCCCUUAAACUGACAUUCAUGAGCAUAACCUUUGUUACAUUGUUCUUUUUGAUGUAAUUUGUAGAAAUGUUUUUUAGUUCAUAAUGGAAAAUGUAUGUACCCUGAAAAAUUACUUAUUUUGUUUAACUUUGGUAUAAAGGUGUUGGGCAUUUUCUUGGGGAGGGAGGGAUUACAAAAGAAGUUUGUCUCCCACAUCAAAAAACAUUCAAAGAAAUUAAGUAUUUAUUAUAUUUUUUGCAGAUGUUUCCAUACAAUUCACAUAACCUUUUUGUAAAGAGAGAUGAAGAAAUGGAUUAAAGAUUUUUAAUAUUUGAAAUGGUAAAUAGAACUAAUUUAUUUGUAAUAUAUUUCUGUUAUUUAUAGAUGUUUCCUUAAUGUUUGACUGUGCAUUACCACUUUAAUUUAAGCCUUAUCCUUGUGAAUUUACCAUUUCUUUUUUAAAACAUGUCUAGAUGCAUAUUUUAAAUAACUGGAGUGUAAAUCACUAGCAUAUCCGAGUUCCCAGAUGUAAUUUUUAAAAAUUAUUUUGGUUUGGAAAAAAAAAAAGAUUCAUUUGAAAGCCUUCAGAUGGAGGGGUGGGGAACAUUUUUAUGGCUUUAUGAAUUGGAAUUUCAUAGGCUUAUUUACCUAGAUUGUGUGUGGACAAAAAAAAAUUGUAAAUAGAUGAAUGUUUCCCAUAAUGUAAAAAGAAGAAAUUAAUAAAAUAAUUAAUGCACUGCU